CCGUUUUCAGCUGCGUGCUCUCAAGUUGUCGGCCAUUCAGCGCCAUAAAAUAUCGCUCAAAAGAAUAAGAAUAGGACACAAAUUGGCUUUUCUGUGACACUCUUUGGUCAAAGUUAAACAAGUACUGCAAGCGAUAACAUUUUUGGGAUUUAUAACUGAACUGUUUGGAAUAUGAACUGAUAAUGUAAGCUGUUUUCCUUUUAAGAGCGGAGGUAGACGUUAGCUGGUAGCUUUGUUAGCUGCUCUGGGCCCUUCUAUAUGUAAUUACGGUGGCCCCCUGUGCUUUUAUUUUAUAAAAUGUAUCCCUCUUGGGGUAAUUACGGGGCCCCUCCGCCGCAAAGCUACGGAGGACCUGGUCCUCGUAAACCUCUAGUAGGAACAGGUCAAGCUCCCGGUGGGUUCGGCGGCUUCGAGGCCUCGUCAGGCGGCUCGGUGUUCUCCAGCCUGGAGGAGCAGCAUCGCCAACAGAUGCAGCAGCUCCAGAUGCUGCACCAGAAACAGCUGCAAUCCGUUUUACACCACGGUAACAGCGCGCCGGGAUUUGGGGGUGGAAUUCCGGGUGGUUUUAACUCGGGCCCGCAAUGGCAAUCCGAAGGACCGGGCCACGUAGAAGCGCAACAGGCUCAGCAUCAGCCCCCUCCGAUGCUACCGCAGCAGGCCGAGUCCAAACCAGCCCCACCUCCUCCAGAAUCGCUGAAGCCCCAAGAGAACAUCGGUGCUCCCCAAGCUCCAGAGGUGGGGACCACAAGCCAGUCCAGCACUAAUAACAACUCCCUACCUUUACAGGAGCAACAAAAUGUGUGGUACCAACAGCAUCUUCAGAAUUUACAGAAACUGAGGCAAGAAAAAGCCAAACUAAAUCAGAAAGAGGACAAUGCCUUUCUACCACCGCCGCCACCUUCAAGUCAGGCAGCUCCUCCUCCUCCUCCAUUAGAACCCCCCAAAGGCACACCUCCACCACCACCUCCAAAAGAGGAACCUCCUGUGCCUCCUUUACCUCCGACAGAAGUAACGAAUGCAAAUGUAGGAAACUCAUCUAAACUAACAGACACACCUGAUGCCCCAAAAGACCCAGAAGAAUCUGCUCGUCUCCAGGAAUUACAGGCUGCAGCAGCACAAUGGCAGCAAGUACAACAUCAGAGAGUUAGUUUACAGUACCAGGCUCUCAUGCAGCAGCAUGAAAAACUUCAGCAGGUUCUUGAACAAUAUCAACGGCUCAUUCAACAGCCCCCAAACCUCCAGACAAUGACUGCUGAAAUGCAGCUGAGGCAUUAUGAAAUGCAAAAGCAGCAGUUCAUGUCUUUAUUUCAAAACUGGACUACUUCCUUUGCUUUGUGGCACGAACAGUUCCAGUCUUAUCCUCACAAAGAUCAAUUGCAGGAAUAUGAGCUCCAGUGGAAGCAGUGGCAAGAGCAGAUGAAUGCUACCUAUGUCCAUCUUCAAGAAAGGGUGGUGGCUUUUUCUGCCAUGGUCCCAUUUGGUGCUAUGAUGGGACAAUUUGGCCAUUACCCUGGCCAGGAGAUGCACAUCCCAAACCCCAGUAUCCCACCUCCUACAGUUGCUGUUGGUGCCACCGCACCAGGUGCUGUUGGAACCACAGCUACAGUUGUUGCUAGCUCCAUGGCUCAAAGUGCUGCUGGGGCUUUAUCUCUAGGACAACAACCUCCUCCUUUUAUGGCACAUUCAGAAUCAUCUGAUGGACCUCCUAUGCAAGGAACUCUAUCUGCUGGGGCAGGAGACAUGCCCCCUGGUCCCUUGACAACACAGUCUUCAAGUUUCAACAGUGUAACGAGUCAACGGAACAGCAGAUUUGACCAGCCACCACCAGGCUUUAAUGAGCCCCCUAUGUCCAACCAGUCACAUCAGCGUUUCGAUGGACCCCCAAGGCGCAGCAGAUUUGACCAGCCACCACCAAGCUUUAAUGAGCCCCCUAUGUCCGACCAGUCACAUCAGCGUUUCGAUGGUCCACCAAGGUUUGAUCAACCACGGCAGCGUUUUGAUGGUCCCCCAAGAUUUGACCAACCACGGCAGCGUUUUGAAGGUCCCCCAAGGUUUGACCAACCACGGCAACGUUUUGAAGGUCCCCCAAGGUUUGACCAACCACGGCAACGUUUUGAUGGUCCCUCAAGGUUUGACCAACCACAGCAGCGGUUUGAAGGUCCCCCAAGAUUUGACCAACCGCGACAGCCCUUUGAUAAUCCCCCUAGACAUGACCACCCUCAGUUUGGACAACAAUCUAGAUUGGAACCCACAAGACCCAUUGGCCCACCAUCGCGUUUUGAAUCUCCUUCCCCAUCUCUGCAAAAAACACAGAAAGAUCCUGAACAAAAUUUGGAGAAGGAAAUUCAGGGUUCUGCCAGUACAGUUUCAACAACUCCAUCUAAACCACUUGCACAACCAAAGUCUCCUAACAAAGAGAAAGAUGUUCCAAAUAAAGGUGGGGCUGAAGACUUGACAGAUGAUAGCUUGCUUGGAGGAGAAGGCUUUUUUAUUCCAGAUGCCCCUAUUCCCCAGACAUUACAUGACACAGAGCCUACGAAAGCAAAUGACAAAAGUGCCACUGAUGGUGGCAAUAAAGACAAACCUGGAACUGAAACUAAAACUUCAAUGUCAUUAUCAAAACCUCUACCACUACCACAAAACACAAAAAAAGACGAUGGACAACUGACAAACAACAAAACACCAUUAAUUAAAAAGACUCCAGAAAUCCAAACAGAACUACAGAGUCCUAUUGAGUUGCCACCAAAACCAAAGCUUCCCAAUCCUCCUUCUGGAAGGGGACGGGGUCAGCCUCCAUUGCGUGGUCUAGGGAGAGGACAGUUGGGCCCUAGCCAGUUUAGGGAACAUAAUACUCCACAAACUGGAGAGGAGAUGGCAGAAAUGGCCUAUGAUUAUAUGCCACCGGAAGAAGAUGCAGAAAUACCUGAAGACAAACAAGACUACUGGCAAGAUCCCUCAAAUUCAGGGUUUGGGGGAGAUGAAUCUGAGAUGGCCUCUGAGGAAACAUGGAUGCCAGAGGAACAUUAUUUUGAAGAGGAAGAGUAUUAUGAGGAGCCUAUGGCACCACAUAUGGGAAGAGGCAGACCACCUAUGAGAGGAGGGCCUAUUGGAGGAAGAGGAGGUCCACCAAUGGGAAGGAGGGCUCCCCUGCUUGGAAUGGGCCCACCUAUAGGAAGAGGAGGUCCACCCAUGGGUCGAGGAUUUCCUUCAAUGGGCAUUAGGGGAGGACCACCCAUGGGCAUUAGGGGAGGACCACCCAUGGGCAUUAGGGGAAGACCACCCAUGGGCAUUAGAGGAAGACCACCCAUGGGCAUUAGAGGAAGGCCACCCAUGGGCAUUAGAGGAAGGCCACCCAUGGGCAUUAGAGGUGGGCCUCCCAUGGGUCGUGGUGGGCCUCCCAUGGGUAGAGGUGGACCACCCAUGGGCAGAGGUGACUCAAAUGAUAUAGAUUGGACAGAGGCUGAGUCAGCUGAGUAUUCUGAAGAAGGGAACCCUUACUGGGAAGAAUGGCAGCCUCAAAUGCGAGGCAUGAGACCCCCAUUUCCGCCUGGUCGGGGUCGACCCCCACGUGGACACCCUGCUUUUAUGCCACGAGGUCGAGGCGGUCCAAUUCACUCUGUUCACGGUGAGAUGGCUCAUGAGUCUGUGGGUCGUGAAAUGGGCUUAGAUGAUGCCGGUGAAGAACUAACAAUGUACCCUAUGUACGAUGAGCAUGACCGAUACAGCCAUCCUCAUGUAGGAAGAGGUGGACGUAUACCCCCACCUCCUCAUGAACUGUUGGAUCGUUUGGAGGAGCCUUUGUAUGAUGGAGGGGAGGAAAGCUCUGAGUGGUAUCCUCCACAUGAAAGAGACCCUCCGAUGCCUCCACAUGAAAUAAUUGAUAGGGGAGGAAUAAGAAGACGACCUAUGGGUCGGGGAAUGGCAAGGGGAAUGUGGCGCCCAGGUCAGGAACCCGAGAGGUAUGAAGAGUAUAGUAAGGAGUAUGCUGUGGAUUACAAUCAUGGUGAGGAUGGGUAUCCCCGGCGUCCAGUCCAGGACUUUCCAUCAGAUGAAUAUCAUCAUGAAGCCAAAUACUUGAGGUCAGAGUGGGACAGAGAUGCACUGUCUGAAAGAGAGUAUCCUCCCCGCAUGCCGCCCCCAGCACACCUCAGGGAGGAGCACCUCAGGGAGGAGCACCUCAGAGAAGAGCACCUCAGAGAAGAGCACCUCAGAGAGCAGCACCUUAGGGAGGAGCACUGGAAACAGGAAAUGGAGAGACGUCACUCAUAUCCAUAUGAUGAAAAUGACAGGGCAAGGGGGGAGCUCAGAAUUCUUGAAUAUAGAGGUGAGCCCCCAUACAGGCUGGAUGAACCCCCUCACCUGCGGGCUUCAGACUGGGAUAGGCCUUCUAGACGUUCUCCCUUACCAGUGAGGGGGUACCCAGACUAUGAUGAUCCUAGACCUCAGUAUGAUGAACGGAAGGAGGAGCCACCAUCUGCAGCAUCUACAACAGACUUGCCUUCAAGCUUAGCUGAAACGGCUGCCCAAGGAACAAACUCUGCAAAUGUGCUGGCCCUUUCUCAACGGCAGCACGAAAUAAUCUUGAAAGCUGCUCAAGAACUUAAGCAAAUAAGGGAACUACAAGAGGGAAAGACCCCCAGUACUGAAAAUCAGCCUGGAUCCAGUGACGCACUGCCAGAGCUUCCUGCAGGCCUUCUGGGCUUGGAGAUCCCACCUGAUGUUAGGAAUGUGUUAAAGGGUAUAAGUGCUGCUGCCCAGACUCCUGGCACAGAUUCUGUGGCCUGGCAAAGCAAACAUGCUGCUGCUGCAGGAGAUUACCAAUCACCACAGUUGGCUUCAGCCAAACCCACUCCUAAAACUGUUGAUUACGGACAUGGCCACGAGCUCGGGGCAACUGUAGAGCGGAUCUCAUAUGGUGAGAGGAUAGUAUUGAGACCUGACCCUUUGCCAUCAGAUCGCCUCUAUGAAAAAGAACUGCUUGGCCUAAGAGAUCCCUAUGCUAGAGACCUGUAUCAUGACCGUCGAUCGGACCCCUAUUUGGAUCGCCGGGAGUAUAGCAGAGAGAGGGAGCUGUUCCGAGAAACUCCCCCGGAGUAUGAAAGAGACAGAUAUGAGAGGGAGCGUUACCAUUCACGAGAAAGAGAUGACAGCACACAUACCUUGGUUGAAGAAAGGUCUCCACUGGCUCCUCGAUCAUCAUACAGGGAAAGAGAUAAGGAGCGGAGUGGCAGUCGGGAUCAAGACGAUUAUUACGGAAGACAUAGCUAUGACAGACCUCCACAUGAUCGGUCCGGACCAGAGCGCCUCGGGGCCGAGCGUUACAGCUCACCGUUCUUGGAAAGAAGAAGUUAUCCAGAGGAGCGAGGGUCACACCCUCCUGCACCAGUCCCUCCACCACCUUCACGGGUCGAGAAGAAGCCUGAAAUAAAAAAUAUUGAUGACAUCCUCAAGACACCUGGUAGAUUAUCACGGCCUGAAAGGAUUGUGAUUAUAAUGAGGGGCCUUCCAGGAAGUGGGAAAAGCCAUGUUGCAAAGCUUAUACGGGACAAGGAGGUUGAAUGUGGUGGUGCACCUCCAAGGGUUCUUGUUCUGGAUGACUACUUCAUGACCGAGGUGGAGAAAGUUGAGAAAGACCCAGACACAGGAAGGAGAGUAAAAACCAAGGUUCUUGAGUAUGAGUAUGAGCCGGAGAUGGAGGAUACCUACAGGAGCAGCAUGCUGAAAACAUUUAAGAAAACUCUGGAUGACGGUUUCUUCCCCUUCAUCAUUUUGGACACCAUUAAUGACAGAGUUAAACAUUUUGAGCAGUUUUGGAGUGCAGCCAAAACUAAAGGCUUUGAGGUGUAUGUAGCUGAAAUCACAGCUGACACUCAAACCUGCGCAAAGAGGAAUGUCCAUGGCCGCACACUUAAGGAUAUAACAAAGAUGUCCAAAAACUGGGAAUCCUCUCCUCGUCACAUGAUGCGCCUAGAUGUGCGGUCCCUGCUUCAAGAUGCUGCGAUUGAGGAGGUUGAAAUGGAGGACUUUAACCCAGAAGAAGCACCCCAAGAAACCAAGAGGGAGGAGGAAGAAGAGAGUGAUCUGGGCUAUAUUCCAAAAAGCAAAUGGGAGAUGGAUACAUCAGAGGCCAAACUUGACAAGCUGGACGGCCUGGGAAGCGGUGGGAAGAGGAAGCGUGACAGUGAACAUUUGUCAGGCAUCGAGGACUUCCUGCAGCUGCCAGAUGACUAUGCCACACGCACGUCUGCUCCAGGAAAGAAACGGGUCCGAUGGGCUGAUCUUGAAGAGCAGAAAGAUGCAGAUCGAAAGCGUGCUAUCGGUUUUGUAGUGGGUCAAACGGACUGGGAAAAAAUAACAGAUGAGAGCGGACAGUUUGCACAAAGAGCUCUGAACCGUACAAAGUAUUUCUAAGAAGAUGAUGGAAUUCUUUAUUUUGGUUUAUGGAAAGGUGCCCAGAAUGUUAACACGUUCCAGCUUCUAUGUGAAACCUACAUCAGUGCGAUAAUCCCAGCAGUUGUCAUUUGAUUUUCAUUCACUAAUAAUAUAAAGAACAUAUUUUUUUCCCAGCUGGAUGAUUUGUGGUAGAUAAUCUGUGCUUCAGACAUCUUUUAGUCUUCUGUUUUAUACUUCUUGACUUCGUUCUGUAUACUCAAAGAACUGUUUUAGUCAAUGUGUUGUAGAGUAAAAUAAAUGGUUCACAACAUUAUAAACUUCUGAUAUGAUUUGUCAGUGGUGUUUCAUUGUGACGGUUGUGUGUUGCUCUAUGUACGGACGAUCUGCUGUUCAGUUUGCUAUUCCAUAUUAAAUGUCUUGCAUGUUUCAGCUUUGAAACCACUUUUUUUUCAGACACUUAUCCGCUGUAUCCAUCUGUUAAACUACUAAGCUCACUGUUAAGCUAAUGCUUAUUUUUGUAAACUAACAGAAUAUUUUUUAUAUAAUUCAAUCCAAUGUGAAGUAGAUGUAGGAACAAAGAUGAUGGUUUAAGUCCCAUUUUCUGUAAUUCCCUUUUCUAGAUUUUGAGCCUCUUAUUGCUGUGCAUGUCACCAGGUGGUUUUUGAAACAUUAAAGAGGAGCCAGUUCCUUUCAAUAACCUGUUGCUGACUUAUUUUUAAGUGUUAAAAAAUACCCAGAUUAAUAUUUUUGGUAUAUUCAGAUGAUCAGACAAAUGUUAAAUGGGUAACAAAAAGCUUAGUGAACACAGGAAGUGUUCUUGAGCUGCCUGAACCUAAGCUAAAGGGUUUCAAAUCGGUUUUAACACUAUGAAAAGGCCAUUUUUAAAUUUUGUUUAAAGUUAUUUAUUUAGGCUGGCAGUUUCUUCUUUUCCCCUAUACCAUAACCAAAGUGUUCUUUAGCAUCUCUUGUGUUAUUUAAGGGAAGUUUUAAAAGGGCAAGUAAAAUAUAUGGUUUAAUGCUUUUAUAAUGUUCUAAUUUUAUUUGUUUGUCACUUCUGUACAUUCAGAAGCAUGUUGAAGGCCCAGGGCUGAUAUGUUCUGGCUAAAACAAAAGCCUCAGUUUGAAUAUAUAGUUUGCAAUCCUUAUAAAACUAAUUUAAUUUAGAACAUUGCCAUAAAAAAUAAUGGUCUUAAACGUUUUGUAAGAGGCUUUAUUUUUUCACUACCUCGUAAGACUGAUGUUCAUACCUGGCUGUUAUGCUCUAGGGUAGUUCUUUUAAACUAAGCACUGAACUCUGUUAACUUUUAUCAGUGAAAGCACCACAACUCAAAUGUCAGUAUGUCAGAUGUAUUGUUUGAAACCUGAUAUGAAGCAUUUUUUUCACGUUUGUUGCCAUAAUGUGGUAAACUAUGAUCUAAACAGAUUGGGAUUGCAGUCUUUUAUUUAUUGUCUGCCUUAUAAACCUGGGUUAAAAUGGAGCAACACUGCACAAGUUUUGAUCUAAGUACUGGCUUACUUUGACAUAUUAAACUUUUUUAGGUCAAUGUACAGCACACAUCAAUUCUCUGUGGGAGCUACUUCUCAAAACUCUCCUUUGUAAUUUUAAGGGGUCAAAUCUUUCUUUGAAUGAGUCAUGUAAUGUAGAGCACGACUUCUCCGCAGUGAGCACUUAUGAAUCUCCCCUGAGAUUUUGCUUCACAAUCAUCUUAAGACUGUGGUUACCCCUGUUGCCAGUUUACUUUUUAGUUUUUUUUUUUUCCUUCUGCUUUGCUUUUCAUUAAUAUGCUUUGAUAAAAUACUUAAAACAAACCGUUACCAGUUGUCCUGGGUUUAAAUG